AUGUUCAAUCCUAGUGAUUAUACCGUGGGCUGGAUCUGCGCCAUAAAGACCGAGUAUGUCGCCGCCAUAGCAUCUCUCGACGAAAAAUAUGACCGUCCAACCAAGCUACCGUCUGCCGAUCAAAAUGACUAUACCCUGGGAAGAAUCAGGGAUCACAAAGUUGUCAUCUCCGUGCUCCCAAUGGGUGAGUACGGCCUCUCCUCAGCAACACAAGUGGCCGUGAGUAUGACACACGCCUUUCCGAACAUUCGCAUCGCCCUCAUGGUGGGCAUCGGCGGUGGUGCACCAAGCGCAAAGCACGACAUCCGGCUUGGAGAUAUUGUCGUUGGCAUGCCCAAUAAUGGUCGGGGUGGCAUUCUUCAAUAUGACUUUGGCAAGAUAAUCCAGGGCCAGGAUUUCAAGCCAACGGCCUUUCAUAACCAGGCACCUACUUUGCUGCGCGGCGCAGUAAACGGGCUUGCCGCUGAAUACGAAACCGAAGGCAGUCAGAUUGUGGAAAUUAUCAGCAAGAUCCUAGAGACAAAACCGCGACUGAAGAAGAAAUAUUCGCGCCCCGAUCCGACGACCGAUCGACUAUAUAAGAGUGAUGUAUUGCACCCCGCCGCAAACGAAUCACCCUGCGCUACCGCCUGUGGAGAGCAUGUCUCUUCUCUAGUUUCACGGCCUCCGCGCACCGAGGAGGACGAUGAUCCAGCCAUCCAUUAUGGCCUUAUUGCAUCCGCAAACAGUUUAAUGAAGGAUGCUAAAAUUCGUGAUGCCUUCGCGGAGCAAAAUGACGUCCUUUGCUUUGAGAUGGAAGCUGCUGGCCUGGUCAACCACUUUCCCUGCUUGGUAAUCCGUGGUAUUUGUGACUAUUCCGAUACACACAAGAACAAGGAGUGGCAGGGCUAUGCAGCUAUGACAGCAGCAGCUUACGCAAAAGAGCUGUUGUAUAGAAUCGUUCCUCAUGUUAUUUCACAGCAAGAAGCCAUCGCCAAUGUCGUGAAUGAAGGCGAUCACUAUAUUACGAACAUCAACAAUUAUGUGAGGGAAGGCGAUGGCCGUACCAAUAUCACAUUUGAAGGCAAUAACUCUGGGUUUCAGGUUGGUAUGAAUAAUGGCUCGAUCAACGGGACGAGGAUGGGAGGCGGACCUUAA